AUGGGUCAAUCGCCGUUAUCAAGAAUCACUCCAGCCCAACCAUUUGCCGUCUGUGGUGUGGAUUACGCUGGUCCCAUCACACUAAAAACUUGGAAAGGCAGAGGCGCCAAAACAUCUAAGGGUUGGAUGUGCAUUUUUGUGUGCUCCGUUACCUCUGCAUUUCAUUUAGAGAUUGUAACAGAUUAUUCAGCAGACUUAUUCAUUGCAGCGUGCAGACGGUUCACUGGACGUCGAGGCGUAUGCAGGACUCUCCACAGUGAUUGUGGCACCACAUUCCAAAGCGCAGACACGCUCGACAGACAACUCUUCAAGCAGGGGACUCAACAGGCCAGUCAACUCGCAGCUGUAUUUGCAAAAGAUGGAACUGAGUGGAAGUUCAAUUUACCAGCUGCACCACAUAUGGGAGGAAAAUGGGAAGCUGCAGUCAAAUCUGUAAAAUUUCAUCUUAACAGAACUAUAGGCGACUCACUCUUUACAUAUGAAGAGCUUUCCACACUGCUUGUCCAGAUAGAAGCAGUCCUCAAUUCCAGACCACUCGAACCUCUUUUAGCCGACUCUACAGACAUCUCAGCGUUGACUCCAGCACACUUCUUGGUUGGUGAACCGCUCGUGACAUUGCCAAAGCCGUCACUAGAAGAUGUGCCACUGCCACGCUUGUCCAGGUGGCAAUUUAUUCAGCAGCGACUCCAAUCGUUUUGGUCCACGUGGUCGAAACAAUACCUUCAGCAGCAACUCGCCAUUUCCAAGUGGAAACACUCCGUUCACAACAUUACAGUCGGCUCACUUGUACUACUCACUAACGAGAGGUUCCCACCAACGAAGUGGCCUCUCGCCAGAGUGAUUGAGGUGUUCCCAGGAUCAGACGGACUCAUCAGAACAGUCAAACUCAGGACAGCAACAGCAGAACUCGUCGGACCACUCACAAAGCUAGUCAUCUCACCAUACACUCCACCAGCAGAAGAUCAGCAACGGCUGAUGGUGGGACAAUGUUCUAACUUGGAGGGGCCCAAGUCAGUGAGUCGGGAAAUAUUCAGAAAUUGUUAA